AUGUAUGCGGAUCGCCUAGAGGAGGAGCGGGAGACCGUGAGAACCCGCCUCUCGGGGGGCCAAGGCGGCGUGCGCACAGGCGCCGCGAGCACCGGACCAAUCAGGAACCGCGUGUCGUUCAAGAAGGGCGGCUCGGCCACCACAUUCAGGCGACACUCUACUGGCGGCAGCGGUGACGAGGACAGAUGGCAUCACGACCUGUUUGACCAGAGCGGCAAAAAUGACGACCCUAUUGUCGACUCAAAAGUCAACUCCUUCCCCUCCCCCUCUUUUGAGUCGACUCAAAAGUCAACUCCUUCCCCUCCCCCUCUUUUGAGUCGACUCAAAAUCGACUCAAAAGUCAACUCCUUCCCCUCCCCCUCUUUUGAGUCGACUCAAAAGUCAACUCCUUCCCCUCCCCCUCUGCACUUUAACGACGCCGCACUCCUGCCCCUCCUUCCGCCUCUCUCUCCCCCACGUCCCCUUCCCCAAACUCCCCCAGGAGUUCCCGCAGCCAAUGACCUCCGCGCCCUGCUCAGGGCCAAGGGGGGGAGCCAGCGGGGGGGAGGGGGGAAGCUGGGGGGAAGACUGGGCGGAAAAGUGCAGGUGGCGGACCUGCGCCACAAGCUGUCUGGGGGGAGCGGGGGAAGUGGGGGGAAGAUUAACAGGGGGAGACUAGGCACUGCUGUGGUAAGCAGUGCGGGGAUUUUAGCAGCUGAAAGGGGAGCAGGCGGGGGAGGGGGGAAAGGAGGAAGCAGAGGAGCAGCAGCAGGAGGAGGAGUAGGGGGGGUGGUGGUGAGGGGUAGAGGCGCGGUUACAGACCUAUCCUCUCUAUCCUCUGUAUCCUUUAGGAGUGAUGAGCGGUCGGUGGUUGGUGGGGACGUGGGCGGGGUAGUGAGGGUGGCAGCAGCUGCUGCUGCUGCUGCUGCAGCAGGAGGAAGGGGAGGGGGGGAACGCCUAGUGAAGCAGCAGCAGCCGCGGCAGCAGCACUAUCAGCAGCAGGAGCAGAGGAGGCUGACCGUGGUGGUGGCAAACGAUGGGGUUGGGGGAGCAGGGAGCGUCAGGAGGAGAAGCACGGUGGUGGGGGCGGUGGGGGUGGGGGAGGAGAGGGGGGUGGCAGCUAUAGAUGCUGACGUGGCUAUGGAUGGGGAAGAUGAGCAGCAGGUGAGAGGCGGCUGGGGAGAAGGUGGGGGAGAAGGUGGGGGAGAAGGUGGGGGGGAAGGUGGGGGGGAACGUGGGGGUUGGGUGGUGGGGGAGGAGAGGAGGGUGACCAGGAGCAGUGUCAUCCUUCCUUGCGGGCCUGGGACUGAGCAAAUUGACUUGCAGACUCUUCAUCGCAUGUCGGAAAAUGACUUGAAGGAAAUCGGCAUCCCUAUGGGCCCUCGUAAGAAGAUUGUUCAAGCAAAUGCGGCUGCUUAG